GAGCAUCAAGGAAGGGGUGCCAGAAGCUCACCAUACAGUGUUACUUUUCUACUUGCUUUGUAUUUAUUGGUCAUUGUCUUUUCACUCCUCCUUCUUGCUUUUCACUUUCCUGCUGUCCAACACAGGGAAUGUGGCCCUGGAAUACAACUGGAUGGCGGCUGUGGAGGACGAAAGGGCAUUGAGCCACACUGGGGAGCUGCUUCCACCCAGCCUGGAUGGCUGAUCUUGUCUUUGAGUACCAGCCCCUGAAAACGGGUGAGAGCACGGGGCGCCUGGUGCUCCAGAGCAGCGACUUGGGCUCUUUCUACUACGGCCUGCACCUGAAAGCCACCAUGAGCAGGCCAGAGAAGCCCCUCUACUUCUGCACCACACUGGGCUCUAGGCAGACCAUCACCACUAAAAUAAUGAGUUAUGCCCAGCAGAAGACCGAGUACCUUCUCCAGACCCACUGCGCCGACUUCCAGAUGGCAAAAACCAUCAGCGUGGCCCCCGCCAGCCCGGGGGGCUCGGAGGUGAGCGUGGAGGUGACCUACGAGCCCUGCCAGCUGGGCGAAGCCAGGGCUACGCUGCAGCUCUGGUCCCCACUCGGCAGGGAGUACAGCAUCCCCCUCUUCAGCCUUUGCAUUAUCGUGACUGAAUUUAUUUUGCUACUAUCAUGGCUAGACUAUAGGGAUUUCGCAUGCGUGGUCUUUCCAGAUUUUUCCAAUACAUUCUGUGGGGUUUAAAAUUGCGCAUGCGCAUGUUCAAAGGCAUACACGGAUCAUUUGUGUGAUAAAAGAUGGCUGCUGAGUGUCAAGAUGAAGUCCCGGACCCAUUCCUUAUGGCACUAUGGCCAAAUGACAGGUCCUUGCUUUAAAUAUCAAGGGACCGUUGAUGUCGAUUUAGGUCAUCAUGUACCUUAAUUCCCAAUUUUUUUCCUUUUUCUGGUCGAUAAUAGGGAAAAGAAGGGGCAUUAUGAAGCCUACAUAACAUGUUUCGCUAUCUGUUGUUCAAUUAAAUGGUUCAUAUAUUUUUUUUUUCAACUUGCCCACUUGUUUAAGGCCUAUAAGGAGUGUGUAACUGUCAAUCUAUUCCCAAUACUGUACUCUCUUGUACUAUCAUAGCACAGAAGUGUGAGUCUCUAUUGGAAGAGAUUGUUGCCGGAACCCCAAAGAGGGGGAUAAUGUCAUUUAACAAUCCCUUUGUUACCUCUCUUGCUUUAUUUGUUCGACAAGGAAAGCUUUUUGGCCAACCUGAAAACAUAUCAGUCAUAACUAAUAAAUAUUGGUACCCCCCUUUUCUUGGGAGUUCGGAAAAAUCAACUUGCCACUGUUGCCCUGGCUAAUUUCCUCUACUAAUGUUCCCUAGUUUUAUUCUAUUUGCUGUAUUGGGAUUAUUGCGUAAACACAUUUUGCAUUGCUGAGUCGCCUGUUUUAUUACAGUAUACAAGUUUCGCCCUAUCAAUUUCUGAUUUAGACUUUUAUAUAAAGUAUCAGCUCCCUAGUGAGUCUUAUUAUGUUCUGUUAGGGCUGUGGUCCAUAUUAAAUUGGAUGGUACCACUAUACGACCAUCCCUCAAAUAAGUCCACUUACUUAUUUUAUCAUUCAUGUCCUAAAUUAGCUUUAAGUUUUCUUUAGAAUAGUUUGGCUCCUGAUCUGUACUUACAGUUUGGAUUUUACCGUCUAGUAUUAAGGAUAAUUCCUCCUUUCCUACCUCCUCUGUUACUCGUCUGGCCUCAUGGUCGGCCAGGCAGUUUCCUAUUUCCAAAUCAGUGCCUCAAUGGGUCAUCUUAU